AAACAGCAGUUGCAAACAGUCAAGGACCGGUUUCAGGCUUUCCUCAAUGGGGAAACCCAGAUUGUGGCUGAUGAAGCCUUCAUGAACGCCGUCCAGAGUUACUAUGAGGUGUUCCUGAAGAGCGACCGUGUGGCCCGCAUGGUCCAGAGCGGGGGCUGCUCCGCCAAUGACUCCAGGGAGGUCUUCAAGAAGCACAUUGAGAAAAGGGUGCGCAGCCUGCCCGAGAUAGAUGGCCUCAGCAAGGAGACUGUGCUGAGCUCCUGGAUGGCCAAGUUUGAUGCCAUCUACCGUGGGGAAGAGGACCCCAGGAAGCAGCAGGCCCGGAUGACAGCCAGCGCAGCCUCUGAGCUGAUUUUGAGCAAGGAGCAACUCUACGAGAUGUUCCAGAACAUUCUUGGGAUCAAGAAGUUUGAACAUCAGCUCCUAUACAAUGCAUGCCAGCUGGACAAUCCAGAUGAGCAAGCAGCCCAGAUCAGACGAGAGCUGGAUGGACGUCUCCAAAUGGCAGACCAAAUAGCCAGGGAGCGCAAAUUUCCCAAAUUUGUAUCCAAAGAGAUGGAAAACAUGUACAUUGAGGAGCUGAAGUCAUCUGUCAACCUGCUCAUGGCCAAUUUGGAGAGCAUGCCGGUGUCCAAAGGUGGAGAGUUCAAACUUCAGAAACUCAAACGCAGCCACAACGCUUCCAUCAUCGACAUGGGUGAGGAGAGUGAGAACCAGCUCUCCAAGUCAGAUGUCGUGCUGUCUUUCUCCCUGGAGGUGGUGAUCAUGGAAGUCCAAGGCCUCAAAUCCUUGGCUCCCAAUCGCAUUGUGUAUUGCACCAUGGAGGUGGAAGGAGGAGAGAAGCUACAGACCGACCAGGCCGAGGCUUCUAAACCAACCUGGGGCACCCAGGGCGACUUCUCGACAACUCAUGCACUGCCCGCUGUGAAGGUGAAGCUGUUCACAGAGAGCACAGGGGUCCUGGCCUUGGAGGACAAGGAGCUCGGACGGGUUAUUCUCCACCCUACCCCAAACAGCCCCAAACAGUCAGAGUGGCACAAAAUGACAGUCUCCAAAAACUGCCCUGAUCAAGACCUCAAAAUCAAACUUGCUGUCCGAAUGGAUAAGCCUCAAAACAUGAAGCAUUCUGGGUAUUUAUGGGCCAUCGGUAAGAAUGUCUGGAAGAGAUGGAAGAAGAGGUUUUUUGUAUUGGUCCAGGUCAGUCAAUACACGUUUGCUAUGUGCAGUUAUCGGGAGAAAAAAGCGGAGCCUCAAGAACUUCUACAGCUGGAUGGCUACACUGUGGACUACACCGACCCCCAGCCAGGGUUAGAGGGUGGCCGAGCCUUCUUUAAUGCAGUCAAAGAAGGAGACACCGUGAUAUUUGCAAGUGAUGACGAACAAGAUCGGAUCUUGUGGGUCCAAGCCAUGUAUCGGGCCACUGGGCAGUCACAUAAGCCAGUGCCCCCGACCCAAGUCCAGAAACUCAACGCUAAGGGAGGGAACGUGCCUCAGCUGGACGCCCCCAUCUCCCAAUUUUACGCAGAUAGAGCUCAAAAACAUGGCAUGGAUGAAUUUAUCUCUUCCAACCCCUGUAACUUUGACCACGCUUCCCUCUUUGAGAUGGUGCAACGCCUUACUUUGGAUCACAGACUUAAUGAUUCCUAUUCUUGCCUGGGCUGGUUCAGUCCUGGCCAGGUGUUUGUCCUAGACGAGUAUUGCGCCCGAAACGGAGUCCGAGGGUGUCACCGACAUCUCUGCUACCUCAGAGACUUGCUUGAACGGGCAGAAAAUGGCGCCAUGAUUGACCCCACCCUCCUUCACUACAGCUUUGCCUUCUGUGCAUCCCAUGUCCAUGGGAACAGGCCUGAUGGAAUCGGAACUGUGACUGUUGAAGAGAAGGAACGUUUUGAAGAAAUCAAAGAGAGACUCCGAGUUCUGUUGGAAAAUCAGAUUACACAUUUUAGGUAUUGCUUUCCGUUCGGUCGACCUGAAGGGGCUUUAAAAGCUACUCUAUCACUCUUGGAAAGGGUUUUGAUGAAAGAUAUUGUUACCCCCGUACCACAAGAGGAGGUAAAAACAGUCAUCCGGAAAUGUCUAGAGCAGGCUGCUUUAGUCAACUACUCCCGGCUCUCAGAAUAUGCUAAAAUCGAAGAGAAUCAAAAGGAUGCAGAAAAUGUAGGCCGAUUAAUCACUCCUGCCAAAAAGCUCGAAGACACAAUCCGUCUUGCUGAACUAGUCAUUGAGGUUCUCCAACAGAAUGAGGAGCACCACGCGGAGCCACAUGUUGAUAAAGGAGAAGCCUUUGCGUGGUGGUCAGACUUGAUGGUGGAGCAUGCGGAGACGUUCCUGUCACUCUUUGCAGUGGAUAUGGAUGCGGCGUUAGAGGUGCAGCCCCCAGACACAUGGGACAGUUUUCCACUGUUUCAGCUGCUGAAUGAUUUUCUCCGUACUGAUUAUAAUUUGUGCAAUGGAAAAUUUCACAAACACCUGCAAGACCUGUUUGCCCCACUUGUGGUUAGAUAUGUGGAUUUGAUGGAGUCCUCAAUUGCACAAUCCAUUCACAGGGGCUUUGAGCGGGAGUCAUGGGAACCAGUCAAGAGUUUAACCAGUAACCUACCCAAUGUGAACCUACCCAAUGUGAACCUUCCCAAAGUACCAAAUCUACCAGUUAACAUCCCUCUAGGCAUCCCACAAAUGCCUACUUUUUCGGCACCGUCAUGGAUGGCUGCUAUAUAUGAUGCUGAUAAUGGAUCAGGCACUUCAGAAGAUCUGUUCUGGAAACUCGAUGCCCUUCAGACCUUCAUUCGGGACUUGCACUGGCCCGAAGAAGAGUUUGGAAAGCACCUAGAACAACGGCUGAAGCUGAUGGCAAGUGACAUGAUUGAAUCUUGUGUCAAAAGAACCAGGAUUGCAUUUGAAGUUAAGCUGCAAAAAACCAGUCGAUCAACAGAUUUUCGAGUCCCACAGUCAAUAUGCACCAUGUUUAAUGUUAUGGUUGAUGCCAAAGCUCAAUCAACAAAACUUUGCAGCAUGGAAAUGGGCCAAGAGCAUCAAUACCAUUCAAAAAUAGAUGAACUAAUUGAAGAAGCUGUUAAAGAAAUGAUAACACUCUUGGUUGCAAAGUUCGUUACUAUCUUGGAAGGAGUACUGGCAAAAUUAUCCAGAUAUGACGAAGGGACUUUGUUUUCUUCUUUUUUGUCAUUUACCGUGAAGGCAGCUUCCAAAUAUGUGGAUGUACCUAAACCCGGGAUGGACGUGGCCGACGCCUAUGUGACUUUCGUCCGUCACUCUCAGGAUGUCCUCCGUGAUAAGGUCAAUGAGGAGAUGUAUAUAGAAAGGUUAUUUGAUCAAUGGUACAACAGCUCCAUGAACGUGAUCUGCACCUGGUUGACAGACCGGAUGGACUUACAGCUUCACAUUUAUCAAUUGAAAACACUAAUUAGGAUGGUAAAGAAAACCUAUAGAGAUUUCCGAUUGCAAGGGGUCCUGGACUCGACCUUAAACAGCAAGACCUAUGAAACCAUCCGGAACCGGCUCACUGUGGAGGAAGCCACUGCAUCAGUGAGCGAGGGUGGGGGCCUGCAGGGGAUCAGCAUGAAGGACAGCGACGAGGAAGACGAGGAAGAUGACUAG